UGCUUUCUGAACGAUCGGACUUGCAUCUAUCGCACGACAUCUUGAACAUGUCCGACCGUAUAUCCGACAUGCUGACUUGAACGGUCGUAAGGCGAGAUAUACGAGCUUCGUGAGUCAGUGUCCCUCAUGUACGAGCAUGCGGACAUCGUCGUACCCGCGUACAGUAUAAGACAAAAUGAAGGAAUUCCACCAUCAGCCUCACCCCCAACACCAAAAGUCUUCUGAUAAUAGCGCUGCUGUGUUCAUCAUUAUUACGAUUCUCUUGUUUCAUCCCAAGUUUCUUCUCCUGUGUCAAAUUACUACUCUUCGUUCCAUCACCCAGUCAUGGCAUCCAAGUCCUCCCCCGCCAUAACCCUCUACCGCGGCUGGAACACCCCAAGCCAAUACGUCUGGUCCCCCUUCGUCACAAAAGUCGAGUUCCGCCUGCGCACCUCCCACGUACCUUACACCUGCGGCGUGGGAGGCCCGCGCGCUGGCCCAAGAGGGAAAAUCCCCUACCUCGAAAUCACACCCUUAGACGCGCCCACCGAACUUCUCUCCGAUUCAACCCUCAUUUUAAGAACCUUCACCGAGCGCGGCGUAGUGAACGAUGUCAAUACAGGCUUGACCGGCGUGCAGCAAGGCCAAGACCUCGCUGUCAGGGCGCUGCUCGAGGACAGACUGUAUUUCCUGCAAGGCCGCGAGCGCUGGGUAAACAACUACUACACCAUGCGCGACCACGCGCUAUGGUCCAUCCCAUAUCCCAUGCGCCUCGUGAUCGGACUACUGGCCUACCGCGCCAACGUGCGCAAGCUGUACGAGCAGGGCGCGGGCCGCUUCUCGGACACUGAGACACGCGCGCUGAUCAGGGAUGUGUGGGGCGGUGUGAGCGGUUUACUGGGGGAGAGCAGGCGGGCGGCGCCGCGAGAUGCGUGCUUCUGGGUGCUGGGAGGGAAGGAGCCGACGGAGGCGGACGCGACGCUGUUUGGGUUCGUGGUGAGUAAUCUCGUGUGCGAUGCGGCGCCGGAGACAAGGGAGUUGUUGAAGGGCGAGUUUCCGGUGGUGGUAGAGUAUGCGGAGCGGAUACAUGGGAGGUGGUUUCCGGACUAUGAGAUUUGGACGUAGCGGACCGAUGAGGGUAGA